AUGUCCUGCUACAACCUCUGCAACCCCUGCGGACCCACCCCGCUGGCUAACAGCUGCAACGAGCCCUGUGUCAGGCAGUGCGAGGACUCCCACGUCGCCAUCCAGCCUUCCACCGUGGUGGUCACCCUGCCAGGACCCAUCCUCAGCUCCUUCCCCCAGAACACCGCCGUUGGAUCCUCCGCAUCAGCUGCCGUGGGCAGCAACCUCAGCGCCCAGGGAGUGCCCGUCUCUGGAGGCGGCUUCGGAGGCUUUGGCCUGGGAGGCUUGGGAGGCUAUGGCUUGGGAGGCCUGGGCUGCUUCUCUGGCAGAAGAGCCUGCUACCCCUGCUAA